GCUCAAGUUGCACAAGUGUUACGUUAAUGUCACAUGCCUGGAGCUGGUGUGGAGAUGGUCGAACCGUCAUUUGCGACGGCUGCGGCCGAGAAAGCCGCUGCAGAUCCAUUCAACCCCUUCCCAUCGCCAGAAAACUGCAAUAUGGCCCAGAUCAUCUUCCUGACUGGAAUGUAUGGCUACGUUCUGUUUCAGGCGUCCAACCUCAUCAGCGACGGCAGUGAACUUCUUCUGCUGGUGCCAGCGGCUGCUCCAGUAGUUGGGAGUGUCGUGCUUCCGAUCCUGGGAGCUGUUCCUGACGGUAUGAUGGUGCUCUUUUCAGGCCUUGGUCCAGAUGCCCAGAACCAGGUCAGCGUAGGUGUUGGUGCUCUUGCGGGCAGCACAGUGAUGCUGCUCACGCUGCCAUGGUUUCUAGCAGUCAUGGCCGGCAGGGUGUCCCUCAAAGAUGGAAAGCCAACCUACCAGCGUCCUGCCAAUGCAGACCCUGCGACGUGGGACAAGCUCAACCCUCCUGGGAACAUGUCCCUGCUGCACACUGGUGUUGGAUAUGGACCAGAAAUUUUGCAAAGCGCAUGGACCAUGCUCUAUACCUUGCUGGGGUACGUCAUCAUUCAGGGCUCUGCCUUUGCUGUGGACUCAAUGCCGAAGUCUCCGGACAUUAGCAGAAAGCAGCUUAUCGGGCUACAAAAGGAGGAGGCCUCCUUCGAGAACAUUUGGGCACUUCUUGGUCUCAUAGUUUGCUGCGCCUUCUUCGGGUGGUAUUUGUGGAAAAUGUGGAGCGAGUCUCAAGGCGGAGCGGUAAGCGACAUCAUCGCCGAAAGCACCGUUCAGGGAAUACGAGAUGGAACUCUUACCCUUCGUGGUGCCAUGGCUGCUUUCCGCGACAAGCAUUGGAGCAACGUGUGUAAGAAGCCUCUCACGGAGGUACUUGUCAACAAGGAAUCCAUGGAUGAAGUUCGCCGCAUGUGCAAAGUCCUUGCUCCGUUUUUUGCGAUGUACGACGCCAAUGGCGACAACACCAUCGAUUUUGAAGAGUUCAGAAUGAUCUUCAAGGAUGUUGGCGAGAACCUUUCAAGAGAAGCUCAAUAUGCGAUGUUCGAUGCUGCGGAUACCAACAAAAGCGGCGAUAUCAGCUUUGAGGAGUUCGUUGCUUGCCUGAUGUCCUUCGCUUUGGACCCCAACACCGACCUCCAGGAGACAAAGAAGCCAAAGUAUGCGGUCAAUCCAAACAAGUAUUUUGAAGAUGGUGGCAACGGAGAGGCAGAUGAAGAAGAUGGGGAAGAAGAUGUGCCGGAGGACUUGGCUGACUUGGAGCCUGAGGAGCAGCAAAAAAGAAUUAAGAUUCGGGCUGCGUAUAUGAUGGCGCUAGGCACACUUUUGGUUCUGAUUUUUUCGGAUCCAAUGGUGGACCUGCUCUCCGAAUUGGGUGUUCGGCUUGACGUCUCUGCGUUUUACAUCUCCUUUGUGCUUGCUCCCUUAGCUUCCAACGCGAGCGAACUUGUGGCUGCGUACAAUUACGCAAAGAAGCGCACCUGCAAGUCCAUUACGACAUCCUUAAGCACCCUCGAGGGCGCGGCCAUCAUGAACAACACCUUCUGCCUAGCCAUCUUCCUUGCCUUGGUGUAUUUUCAGCGCUUGGCAUGGGAGUUUUCUGCUGAGACGACUGCGAUCAUGCUGAUUCAGGUUUUGAUGGCAUUUCUCGUGCUUUCCCGAAGAGUCCACCGGAUGAUUGAAGCGUAUGUCAUUCUUAGCUUAUAUCCUUUGUGCUUGGCUACAGUCUACGUCUUGGAGAAUUAUGUCGGCUGGGACUAAAACCCCUGAGCUCUUUGAUGUUUGCGGCAGAAGCUCGAGCCGCCAAAGUGUGAUACGAUUGAUUUGCCAUGGGUUCUGGUUUCCGUUCCAAAAGUGUCGUCAUCUUGAAGUACGGUCAUUCAUAGGUUGGUACCCUUCUGAACUCCGGCGAAGUCCAAGAAGCAAGACAUUGGUAUUGGUACCGGAAAAUCUGGUGCCAAUAGUUGUACAUUACCCAGGCACGUGCGAGUGAGUAGUACGUGCUUGAGGCGUCUUGAUCAUAGAUUCAACGAACAAGCUGUGAUUGCCUCUCAGUCCUGCUAUAUGUUUUAGCAAUCAAGUAGACUUGCCACGUAAAUGUGUAUGAGUGUGGAACA